AUGAUACAGGUUGCAGUUUGCAGGUUGCAUGUUGCAAGUUGCAGUUUGCAGGUUACAGGUUGCGGGUUGCGGGUUGCGGGUUGCAGGUUACAAGUUACAGGUUGUGGUUUGCAGGUUACAGGUUGUAGUUUGCUGGUUGCAGGUUGGAGGGUGCAAGUUGCAGGUUGCAGGUUACACGUUGCAGGGUGUAGGUUGCAGGUUAUACGUUGUAGGGUGCAUAUUGCAGGUUAUAAGUUAGAGAUUAAUGGUGAGAGGUUAAAGGUUUCCGAUUUCAGGUUGCCCGCUACAGAUUACAGGUUGCAGGUUACAGGUUACAGGUUAUUGGUUACAGAUUGUAAGGCAGGUUACAAGUUGCACGUUCCAGGUUGCAGGUUGCAGGUUACAGGUUAUAGGUUGCAGGUUGCAUAUUGCAGAUUGCAGGUUACAGGUUGCAGGUUACAAGUUGCAAGUUACAGGUUGCAGAUUGCAGGGUAUAGGUUGCAGGUUGCCUGCUACAGGUUACAGGUUGUAGGUUGCCUGCUACAGGUUGCAAGUUGUAGGUUACAGGUUGCAGGUUACAGUUUACAAGUUGCAGAUUGCAGGUUGCAGGUUGCAAAUUGCAGGUUGCAGGAUGUAGAUUGCAGGUUGCACGUUGCAGGUUGCAGGUUGCAGGGGCAGGUUGCAGGUUCCAGGUUGCAGGUUCCAGGAUGCAGGUUGCAGGUUCCAGGUUCCAGGUUCCAGGUUCCAGGUUACAGGUUACAGGUUGAUGAAGACGAAGGAGAAAGUGGUGGUGCGAUGGUCCGAUUGCGCCAUCGAUUCAGCAUCCGUGGCGAUAGAGACAGCGGCAGAGCCGUGCCAGAUAAAGUUUUGCAAUCAGAGGUUAUGUGCUCGUUAGAAGAACACAAGCGUUGA